AUGAAAGAUGAGCAAGAAUAUCAAGAGGUAUUAGCACUAGAUAUUAUAACUGAAAAAGAUUUUUUAAAUAUUGCCAAAAUUGAAGCAAAAUCUGUCAAGGACUGGACAGAGAAAGUAUGUAUAAAUGAAACGCUUUUCAUAGAAUUUAAACUAGAUUCUGGGAUUGAAGCUAAUAUAUUGCCUAAAUAUAUAUUUAAUAAGUUGAAUAAUAAACUUGAAAUAAAGGAAAAUAAUAAAUCGUUAUUAGUAUACAAUAAAAAUAAUCUGAAUGUUUUAGGGGUUUGUAGAUUAUUAUCCGCCAGGUAUAACGAUGUUAAAAUGGAUUUUGAUUUCUACAUUUUAGAAGAAAAUUAUGAGCCUAUACUAGGAUUCAAGAGUUGUAUGCAACCUAAUCUAAUUAAGAGAGCAUCGUGCAUAGAAAAUAUGAAGGAAGACAAGAAUUCUGCUCUAAAAAUAAUUGAAAAAUAUGAUAACGUUUUCAAAGGCAUAGGUUGCAUUGAAAACCAAUGUAAAAUUAGACUUCAAUCAAACUAUGAACCCAACAUUGCCAGAUGCCGUAAACUUCCUUUAGCAUUGCACGAACAAAAAAGGGGCCUUAUUCUCAAAAACGUUAAAAACCUAAAGGGCACCAAGAUUAGCAUCACCGAAGAUUUGGAUAAAAACCGUUUGCUUCUUUAUAGAAAAUGUCAAGAAUCCAUCGACAGAAAAUCUGUUUUCACAUUGGAGGGUAACAUAUACGUUAAAAUAGAAGACAAAAAAUAUAAAAUACAGAGUGAAACUGAUUUGGAACAACUUAUUUCCUAG